AUGGCACCCAUCGGAAAACUCUACGGUCACCCUCGCCAGCCCCAAACAAAAGCUAUCCUGAGCGCAGCCACUAUCUCAGGCCUCGAGAUUGAACAGGUACCUUUCGAAUGGGGAGUCACGAACAAAUCGCCCGAGUGGAUUCAAAAGUUUCCCCUGGGCAAGAUCCCCACUUUCGAGGAUAACGAGGGGUUUAGGCUGAUUGAAGGCGUGGUGAUCGCCCGCUAUGUGAGUUCGCUCGUCCCUGAGGCCGGCCUCCUCGGUCACAACAGGAAGGAAACGGCCCAGGUGGACCAGUGGAUCCACUUCGCGGAGACGGAAAUCUUAAUCCCAGCAAGUUUCAUAUACGGCGGUAUUGUUGCGAAGUUUUUCCUGGGAUAUAACGAUGAGCAACAUAAAUUCUAUCAGGAGCGCCUUGAACGUUCCCUCAAAUUCCUGGAAGGCUACCUGGCUUCGCGUUCUUCUGGCCUGCUUGUGAAAGACAUCUUGACACUCGGAGAUAUCGUCCUUGCCACGGCCGUGGAACGUGCAGGCCAGACGAUCUGCGGGAUCAAGGAGCGCGAACAGGUGUACACUCACACCUUCGCUCAUUUCGCAAAAGUCACAAACGACGAGAGAAUCAAGCACCUAUUCGGAGAGCCUGGAUUCGUCGACAAACCUCUUGUCUUCAAGGGGGAUUGA